CACACUUCUUAUAUCCCCAAACUUCACGGACGCAAUCUUACAUCUAGCAAGGCGAGUUGUAGAUUAAUUUAGCUCUUGAAUAGCUACAUUUAACUUUACAGAAGUCAGAGCGGACAGUUCAAUGAUAGUGGAGCGUACAAUUUCAGGUGGCAAUACUUGGAUGCAGUGGCAUCAUAAAAUGGGGAAGAAAUUAUUCAUAUGUGGUGAUAACAGCUAGAUAUAUCAGCAUCACAAAGACAGAAGAACAGAAAACGGGUGCUGGUAACAGUUACAAAACCCCCAGGACAUUUGUGUGAAAGAGAAACAGAAGACAAAAGCGGAGUGUUUAUAAUGGUUAUGGCACAGGUGUACGAGCGAGACUCAAACUCACGACCUCCCUGUCACGCUCUGGUCUCCCGGUCACAAAGCGACCACUGAGCUACCGUGACUGUUGAUAUUGAGGAGUGAAUCUUCCACCAUUCAUACUCUUGGGUCAGGGACUUGGCAUCAGUUUGACAACACAGAGUAGCCUUAAGUAGAGGAGAUUCAACGUUAAUCAAACUCUCAUUUACUGUUUUAACCAUGUUUAGGGCCAUAAACGAGUUACUGCAUAGACUGUUCUCCUAAAGACCUACACACUCCAUAUCAUGGAAACACUAGGAAUCAGCACUAAAGUAAAAGUACGACAAUGUUCUCAAUGUCAGGGGGACACUGAGUGUUACUGUAAUACAUGUAAACGUGAUCUGUGUUUACAGUGUAAAGAGAAACAUGUCAUUGAUCUACAUACCAAACACCAUGAUGUUGUGAUUUACCGUGAGAAGUUUGACUACAUCCCCAGACAAGAGAUAUGUGUCAGACAUCCAGAUCGGUUCUGUGAAAUGUUUUGUCAGUCGUGUGAACUCUCUGUCUAUUUCCGAUAUUUAGAGCACCGACAACACCAAAUACAGGAUUUUAGAACAGUAUAUCAAAUAAAGCGACAACAACACAGAGGAAUAAUUGACAACAUCAGAAGUGAGACUCUCUAUAACUGUGGUGUUCUCCUGGCAAGAAUCCAAACUGAUAUCAAAACUUGUCCCCCACAAAUAUGUCACCGUCAGUCACUGCUGAUGUCAACAAAAGCCCAGAAACUGAAGAAUGUGAUUAAUACUGUGGUGUGUGAUGUUAAAAGAUACCGAGGUUUAUUGAUUGAUAGAAUACAACACCAGAAGAGAAAAAUGAGCAGACACCUCACCCACAUACAGAACUAUGAAGACAGAUAUGAGCAAUCAGCAAACAGAGCGGUACAAUUCCUCCUGUUUAUAAAGACCAGUCGUGUCCCCCAGAUGAAGGACACCCCUAAUCUUCCCCAGUUAUUGCGGGGAAUCCCAGAAAUCCAAAUGACAACAGCAAAACGACACGUAGAAAUAGAUGAGUGUGUGAAACUGACGUCCACACCUGUAUCACACACUUCUGUCUAUGUGAAAGAUGUUAGUGAGGUGUCACACAUAUCCUGUGUGAUGUCAGACCGGGUCUGGGUCUCUGAUAUAGACAGACUUAUCCUGAUAGGCACAUCAGGAGGCACUAUACACCGUGUGACAAAUAGAACAAGACUGUGUGAAAUGGGACUACACACAGUGAACAAUUCUGGUGAACUGAUUUAUAUAGACAGGAAACGUAACAUAAAAAAGCUGUCUGCGGACAAUGAAACAGUCAGCACACUGUUAAGGAUGAAAUCGAGAUGGAUACCACUGUGUGUAUACUGCUCCCCGUCCACUGGAGAAUUGAUGGUCGGGAUGUCAAAGACUAUUACAUAUACAUCCAAGGUAGCUCGGUACAACAGUAGUGGUCAACGGAUCCUGACCAUACAACACGACAACACAGGUCACAUGCUGUAUAGUCAUCCUCAUUAUAUCACAGAGAAUAAAAACGGUGAUAUCGUUGUGUCUGACGAGGAACGUGUAGUGGUGACAAAGCGCGGGGGGAGACAUCGAUUCUCCUACACAGGACCUCAAUCAGGAUCAUCACUAUCACCACAAGGAAUAUGCACAGACGCGCGGUUGCACAUCCUGGUGUGUGAUGAGGACACCGACACAGUACAGAUGAUAGACAAGGACGGUCACUUCCUGUCUCUGUUACUGACACCAGAACACGGGAUAAACGAACCACGCAGCCUGAACUAUGAUGAUAAAACGCAUCUUCUCUGGGUCGGAUCAUCGGACACCAACAGAGUGUUUGUAUAUAGAAAUACACAGAGGAGGUACUCUCUGACUGAUAAUCCAGACAGAGAUGCGGAUAUCACAAAAGCUUCAAGUUAUGAGUAGGUUCAGGAAUCUGGCACAUAGCUGGAAAUCAGUGAAGUGUCCGAAACUGAAGAAGACAGCGGGGAACUGAAGUCUAAGGUUAGCAGUGAGGAAUUUGAUCCUGAUGACGAGGACACUGCUGAAGCAGGAACCACUGAAGAUAAUGGUGUAGAGGAAAACGGCGAUGAUCAAAAUUUAGAGGAGACCAGUGAGAAUAAAGAUGGAUAAGGUGUUUGGGUAAUUACAGUGAAAUAAUACAGAUGUGUUUUAUGAAAAGAACUAGGUCCAAUAAGUGUCAUUUCUGGUCCUGCAAUCAAAGUAUAGUUAAUGUCACCUGAGUGUAUUUCUCCUUUAGAAUUUCACAUAAUGAAGUUCGUGACUUUUUGUGGUUGGAGUGGAUGGGGUAGGGUGGAAAUGCUAUUUUGUUAAAUAAAAACACACAUGUGAUAGUUUGACCAUGUUUUGAACAUGUCAGCAUUAGAAGCAUGAAUAAAGGAAUUAGCUGUGACUUUAAUUUUAACUUGUUGAGAUAAUGUUUGUUUUCGGUGAUGUGUAACACUUUUUUCAAUGUGUUUUAGGGGAAGUGUUGUUUCUUGAAUAAAAAAAGACGUGUGGUAGUUUUUCCAUGUUUUUUAAAUGUCAAUAUUACUAUCAUCAACAAGGAGAUUGUUGUGACAUUGAUGUUAACCAUUCACCGACAACUUCUCACCACAUCACCUUCCACUCUCCACCUGUGUUUCCAGACAAAAUUUCUGAUGAACUAUCAAAGAAAAUGAUCUCCUAUCAUCAACUAAAAUGGCAAAAGCGUUGGACUUUAACAUUGCUAUAUAUUACGGACAAGGAGACUAUUUCUGUUUGAAAUUUAAUUCUAAGUUGAGUGAAUCCUUUUGGGGGCGUGAAUCAGAUUCCACAAACGUAAUUGUCUCUGGUGUAUGUUGAUAAGAACAAGCUAAAUAUCGACUCCACUGUGCAACAAUGGUGUUGUGAAAAGAAUAUUAUUUUGUACCAGAAUUUGUAUAGACAUUACGUUUAAUUGACUUGGUUGAAGACCUAAACCUAAUUAUAAAUUUGCCUUUUUCCCUGGUCUAGUGUCUACUCGAAUAGUAGUUGAUUUCAAACCUUUCCAAUCCUGGUUCCCAAAUUUUCCUUUUUACCAUAAUCUACAUAAUGAAUUUUGAAUAUUGUUGUAGCACAGUAAUUUUUGCAACCGUGUUUGAGGGCGAAGCACAACAUGGCAUUAGUAUCUAGAUCGAUAACAGGACAAAAAAUAUCCCGAAAUAUUAGCACCUAACGUGUGAGGACAGAGCUCAAUCAAAGUAUUCUGACUUUAGACAUUUUGAUCCGCCUAUUCAUUAGACGCGGGAAACGCUAUACAACUGAUGUGAACAGUGCAUUGUGACGUCAUAUUCAGCGUCGGUGUUUAGCAAAUACACAAACAUACAUCUGAAAAUAAGAUCUACAUGCUUUUACGGAUUUCAUGUAACAUCUUAGUACGACGUAAACUUCGGUACACAAGAUUCAAAAUGGAAAAAUACAUGUCCACACGAUAGUAUUGGAAUCGACGCCAUUGGGACCAAAAUUUUCAAGUUCCAUAAGUAUGGUUGAAUUUUUCAUUAGUUUUCUAUAUUUUCCUUUUAAACAUGUAUAUACGUGUUACCUAUAGGUAGAGCUCCACUCUCACGGCCCUACGGGCCGUGAGAGGGCUUCUAGAAUGCUAGUUUAUAUUACUACAUUAAGUUUGAUGAUUGUAUCGAAGUUUUGUAUAGUACCGCAUUUAGUUUGAUGAUUGUAUCAGACAUUUUUAUAGUACUACAUUUAGUUUGAUGUUUUUAUCAGAAGUUUUGAUACACUUAGAUCUCCGGUUUCUUGUAAAGCUGUUAUUUAACAUUGCAUUGUUCAACGAAUGUUAUGCUAGAAUAUAAUAUUAUCACAUAAAAAUGAAUCUUA